AUGGGAGUCCUCCAACAAACCCUCCCCCUCUCCCUGCUCUACUUCUCCCUCGUUUUCACGUCGGGCCUGAUCCUCGACUCUGUCCGCGUGCCGUACCUGCAGCCGCUGCUGGGCGCGCGGUACGCCGAGCUGUUCGAGAUGCCCAUCGUUCUAGUCGUCACCUGGCAAGCCGCACAGGUGACAGUGUGGAACCUGGACGGAGGCGCUGGCACCUCUUCUGGAGAGCCGAAACGGCGGUGGCCACCGCCUCCGACGCCGCUGCUGGUCGGCGCCCUGGCCCUCGUGUGGCUGCUCGCAGCCGAGCUGGCUCUCAGCGUCGUUGUCGCCACCGCGGCCCCCGAACCACCCGUCUACACCAUGGUCGCCCUGCUGGCGUACGCGGUCAUGCCGUGGAUCGCGUGGCUUGUGCAGACCCAGCGCGACGAUGCGGACAAAUUGUUGUGGGACUUUGACGAGACCCAGGCCGAGCAGGAGGAUUACUGCUCUCGGUGA